AUGCCUAAAAUUACUUCUAAAUCUAAAUUAUUUAAAUAUACUUGUCUUCAACCUUGUUGUACUGUUAAAAGUAUUCGUAAUGACAAAUGGGCUCAACAUUGUCGGAAUAGACAUGGAAGGGUAGCCAGAGAAAAUGUUAAAUUUAAAAUUAUAGCAAUUAAAGAGGGAUUUGCCCCUUGGAAACCAUAUGAACAAUCAUCCUCUAAUAAUUCAAGUGAUAAUUUGGAUAUAUCAAAUUCACAUUCAAACAAUAUGUCAUUAAUAUAUAACCAUUUAUUAAGAGAAAAUAACCAACCAACAUUGCAUCAUUUUUCAAGCUCAAGCCCAACUUUUUAUACACCUAAUGAUAACAAGAAUACAUAUCAAAACAAAACUAUUCUAUCUUCUUUAUAUCCUAAUGAUCCAUCUCUACUGGUUAAUGUUGAAAUUACUCCUAAGGUUAUAAAUGAAUUUAUGAGGCUUGGACCUUGUCAGCCAAAAUCUCAAGAUUUUAAUUUUCCUGUUACUACAAUCUAUCACUGUGAUAAGAAAAAGAAUAUUCGAUUUUUAGAUUCAUGGUAUUCUAGAUCAAUAUCAGGCAAGCAUCUUGAUUAUAACAAAAGCUUAAGAGACUGGCUAUCUUAUAGCCCAAAUUACAACAAAGCAUUUUGCUUGAAUUGUAUGCUAUUUGGCAGAAAAUGCAGUCAAACCUGGACUCUUCAUGGAUGGGACUCUUGGUCUAAGAGUUCAAGAGAUAUAAGGAGACAUGAGCUAUGUAUUGAACACAUUAAUGCAUCUAAAGCCAAGUCAAAAUGGGUUCAAGAUUAUAAUCAAAUGUUUAAGAUAAUUGAAGGUUAA